AAACUGCGUUUCUCCAAGUCAAUGGUCAACGGGAGUUGCGUUGGGGACGUUUAAUGGAUAAGCAUACGCUCUGUGCCAAAGUAUGAUUGAAGUGUGGGGGAACGCAGAGCACGCACUUCCAAAAUUUCGUCCCCAUCUCGUCUCCUUCAAAUUAAUUCGAUCCCAAAAGAAGAAGCAACGAUCACACUCUAACCCUAACCCUAACCCCUAAUCGUAGCGGAGGAGAAGAAGGGGGAGAGGAAAGAGACGAUGGUGGUGGUGGAGGAGGAUCUAGGGCUUACCCUCGGCUUGAGAUCACCGACGAAACACGCCCCUCUUCGGCUCGAUCUAAUGGUUUCUUCUCCUUCUUCUUCGCCUUUCCCGCGGUGGAGCGAUCUCCUCUCUUCCACUUCAGGGAGGAGAUCGUCGGAGACGCCGCUGCGGAGGGGGAUCGACGUGAAUCGGGCUCCGGAGGCGGAGAGGGAAAGUGAAGAGGAGGAGGAGGAGGAGGAAGAGGAAGAAGACGAGGAGGGGGGAGCUGCUUCUCCCAACAGCACGCUGUCGAGCUUGAGCGGGAAACGCGAGGCGGAGAGGGCGAGCGACGAGGAGGAGGGCGGGGACGGCUCCCGCAAGAAGCUCCGUCUCUCUAUGAACCAAUCAGCGAUCCUCGAGGAGAACUUUAAAGAGCACAGCACCCUCGAGCCCAAGCGGAAGGUGGCGCUGGCGAAGCAGCUUAAUCUGCGGCCGAGGCAGGUGGAGGUGUGGUUUCAGAACAGGAGAGCAAGGACGAAGCUGAAGCAGACGGAGGUGGAUUGCGAGGUGCUGAGGAGGUGCUGCGAGGAGUUGACGGAAGAGAACAGGAGGCUGCAGAAGGAGGUGCAGGAGCUGCGGGCACUGAAGCUGCUGUCGCCGCUGUUCUGCGCGCACGCCACCCCUCCCACCACCCUCACCAUGUGCCCUUCCUGCGAGCGCGUCUCCAACGCCAAGGCCUCGGACCGACGCAGCCGCCGCCCGGCCCCGGCCGCUGCUGCAGGCGCUCGGCCACAGGCCCCGUGGGUUCCGAUCCCGCUCCGGCCGACGCGCCUCCAUGCUCAGCUGCAGCUUUACCGAUGAUCGAUCAAUUGCGGUGAUCGUGGAUCGGGGAGAUGCUUGAUCAUGAUCGUGAUGGUGGUGGUGUUAAGAUGGGGACCAAUGUCUGAAAAUGGUGAAUGAGAAGACACAAUAAUAAUACAUGCAAAUUUGGAAAUAUCCUCAAGAUGCCUGAUUAGCCACAACACCACCACCACCUGCAUCUGACUUUGGAAUCUGCAGCGUCAGGAAUCUAGAGCUUCAGACGCGGUUUUUUCCUCCUUGAUUUUUCCAUCAGAAAUAUAAUAUAUAUGCACCCCUUUUAAUGAAAAAAAUAAAAAUAAAAUAAAAUAGCUUUCUAA